AUUUUCUCUUUUGCUCAUCGAGAAAAUAGUUGUCAUGUUGUUGGAUAGUCAUUUUGUACCAUAACGAAAAUUUGUCUCACCUGGACAUAAUUGAUCGUUACUUUACCCAAAGCAAAACUUACCUAAAUUAUUAAAAGAUUAUUUUAUCAAAUUUCGACUACUGAUUGUGGAAGAUCUUUUUUCAAUAUAUUGAAAAUAAAACUAGCAAAAACAGAAACUGAGAAGCUCUGCUUGUGCAUGUUAGACAAGGCUUGUUAAUGUGCGCCACCACCUAUGGCUCGGCAGAAUAAGAAAACUCCGGCGACGUCAUCUCCUCCCACAACACACAAAGAAUCUAAUAGACUAAUUACACCAACAAAUGGAGUCCCUCAGGACCUAGGUCCACGACAAUUUGGUCAAUGGUUGACAGGGAUGGGUAGUGCUCCAACGGUAUUGCAAGUUGUGCCAUCGGUUGAAUCUGCCACCCCUGAAGGACAAGAUAAAGGUACCUCCUCAGCGGCAAGGAAACUUACCUUCUCUAUUGUAUCGAGGGCAGAAAAACCUAUGGUGGCUGAUAUUGUCAAAGGUAACAGAUCUCAGCAAUUAGGUUUGAAACUUGACUAUUUUCCUCCAGUUUUGAAAGAGGGCUGAAGACAGUCCAAUUAGUUCAGGUGGAGGUUGAAGAACAGUGUCAUAAAUAGAAAUCAGCAUUAAUAGGCUACAUCAUUGGGAGAAACCCUUCUUUCAAAGAAAUACUGAAAUUUGUAUAUGGAGUAUGGAAUUUUGUCACAACUCCUUAGGUAUUCUUAUAUAAUGAGGGCUAUUUAAUAUUUUGAUUCACAUCUGAGGAAGAGAAGGUAACCUUGCUACAAAAUGGACCACACACAUUUAACAACAGACCAAUGGUUCUUAAGCAGUGGAGCCAGAUUUCCAGAUGAGAAAGUAACCUCUCCAAGCUAUUCCUGUGUGGGUGACGUUUACCAAUCUGGUUAUUGAAUACUGAGCACCAAGAAGCCUAGGUAGGAUAGCUAGCUAUUUGGGAAGCCUAUAUUUGCGGAUAAACUUACAACCAAAGGCGAUAGAGUCUCUUAUACACAUAUUCUAAUUGAGAUGGAUAUCUCACUGGCACUCCUAGAGGAGAUACCAAUCGAAUUACCAGGAGGCAAGUGUAAACGGCAGACUAUUGAAUAUGAAUGAAAGCCCUUAUAUUAUUAGACCUACCUCAACAUAGGGCAUCACAAUGGUGAUUGCAAGAAUAUAAUGCAAACGGAUAAAAGGAAGCAACGGUUAAACAGGAAGAAACAAACGAUGGAUUGCAAAGUGAAAACAGGAGCUGAAACUCAAGGACCUAUCAAGCUUACAGACCCAGUCACAUCUGCUGAACAACAUACUGAACUAGUUUUACCAAAGGAGUUAGGAGAACCAACUGAUAUACUAGAUACAACAGAACAACUAGAAGCUAUGGAAUAACAGGUGCAAUAGGCUAAGAGUAGGGGAAAGAAAAAGUUGGCUAUCAUCCAAGAAUAGGAGGGACAAAGUCAGCUAUAUGAGAAUAGUGAGAAGAUUGAAAGGCUAUUAAGGCAGAAUCAAUUCAGUACUUUGAGAAUUCAACCAAUGAUAGUCACCCCAAAAUUGACAAAGGAUCUCAGUCCUCAAAGGGAGAACCCUCCACGAUCUUCUGUUCUGGGAAUAUAAGGGGGCUAAACAAGCCCGUUAAGCAGAAAGAACUAAAGAUAAUUUUGCUUACAAAAAAGGUAGUACUAAUAGGCUUUCUUGAGACCAAAGUUAGAGCCCACAAGGCUCAGAAAGUUAAGAAGAAAUUGGGGAAAGAAUUUGAAGUAGCUACAUAUUAUACUCAGACCCCAAAUGAUAGAAUUUGGAUAUGUUGGAGGCCUCAACAGGUGGAGGUGCACGCAUUAACAUCUAGGCCACAAUUUGUACAUUGCUUAGUUAAAUACAAGGGGUUGUACAUUGCUUAGUUAAAUACAAGGGGUCUCCAAUUGCUAGCCAGAUAAAAUUUGUCUAUGGGGAAAGAAUUUGAAGUAGCUACAUAUUAUACUAAGAUCCCAAAUGGUAGAAUUUGGAUAUGUUGGAGGCCUCAACGGGUGGAGGUGUACACAUUAACAUCUAGGCCACAAUUUGUACAUUGCUUAGUUAAAGACAAGGGGUCUCCAUUUGCUAGCCAGAUAAUAUUUUUCUAUGGAUUGAAUACUAUAAAUGAAAGAAAGUCCCUCUAGGAAGGACUGAGAGCACUGAAUUAUACUAUAACUGAACCCUGGGUUGUAUUAGGGGAGUUUAACACUAUACUCUCAGUAAAUGACAGGCAGAAUGGAAUUCCAGUACAUCCAGCUGAUGUUAAGGAUUUUCAAGAAUGCAUUAAAGAUAUAGGACUUGGGCAACUAAAAAGAACAGGUUGUCAAUUCUCAUGGAACAACAAAAGAGAUAAACAGGUCAGAAUACACAGCCUAAUCGAUUGGGAAUUUGGGAAUGUUAACUAGUUUGCUAGAUAUGGCCACCUGGAAACAGUCUAUCACAACCCAUGAUGCUCAGACUACUCACCAAUCCUGGUUAGCACUGGGAGAGUCAAGCAAUUGCUUCCUAGACCACUCAGAUUACUUAAUGUCCUUCUUCAAGAGCAGGCGUCCAAGGAAGUAACUCAGUCUAUAUGGCAACAAAACAUUCCUGGAUACACUAUGUAUGGAGUAUUUAAAAAGCUUAAACUUAUUGAGCUUAACACAAAACAUCUUCAUAGAGAUAAAAGAAUUGAGGCUAUUCGAGAAAAAGUUACAGAACAUACAACAACUGCUGAAAUUAGACCUUUACAACCCCAACUUAAUAAAGGAUGAGAGAGGACUGAUAAUGGGAAAAUGGUCCAAUAUACACGAGGGUGUACUGAGGCAGAAGUCCAGGGCUGUAUGGUUAGCAAAAGGGGACUUGAACUCCAAAUUCUUCCAUGCACAACUGAAGGAAAGACAGGGAACGAAUCAUAUCUCAUUAAUAUGUAAUGAUCAGGGAAUAAUGAUAACUGAUCAUGUACACGUUCAACAAGAGUUCAUGAACUUCUUCCAUGACCUAUUGGGUACUAAUGCUAGUGAAAUGCCAUGACUAAAUAGUACCAUAGAAAAGGAUGGAUACUGUCUCAAUAAGGAGGAUCAACAAAAUCUGAUCAAACCAGUGUUGAAAAAGGAAAUACUACAGGCUUUGAAUGAUUUGCCCGCUGACAAAGCCCCGAGGGGGGGAGGGGGGAUAGGUUCACCGUUGAAUUUUUCAAAUCCAAUUGGGACACCGUUGGGGAGGAGGUUAGUAAUGUUGUACUGCAAUUCUUUGAGAUUGGUAAAAUCCUCAAAGAGAUCAACUGCACAACCAUUACUCUAGUGCCUAAAGUCCCAAAUCCUACCUAUUUCAAGGAAUUUAGGCCUAUUGCAUGUUGUACAAUACUGUAUAAACUGAUAGCCAAUGUAAUCACUGCCAGACUUAAACUAGUGGUGGACAAAAUGGUGGGGCCAUCGCAAUCAGCUUUUAUAAACUAGUCGAAGGAUAUAAUAGAAAAGGAAUGUCCCCCAUGUCAUUUGGACAAAAUCAUUCAGGUCCAUCCAAGGUAAAAGAAUGGAAUUACAAGCUUGGACACCCAAUUUCAAUCCAAAUGAGGAUAAUCAUAUUAUUCCUAUUUGGAUAGUUAUUCCAGAACUUCCCUGGAAUUUCUACUAUAGGGAAGUACUGUCAGUACUUUUAUCACCUAUUGGUAAGGUGCUCCAUCUAGACUUAGCUUCAAUGCAAAAAAUAAGGAGAAGUGUUGCAAAAGUCAAGAUGCAGGUGGGUUUGACUAAGGACAAGGCUCAUCAUGUUUGGCUGGGAUUUGAUAAAGAUCAGGAUGUGAAUGGGGAAGGCCAGUGGCUAGAAGUAGUAUAUGAAGAUCUACCAUAUUAUUGCUUAUACUACAGACACUUGGUUCAUGAAGAGUACAAAUGCAAUAUUAGAAAAAGGGAAGAACAAGAAAAGAAGAACGCAGCAACAACAAAAGCAACAACUCACAAUGCUAAUAAUCACCUUACAAACAAGCUAAAGGGAGAAACUGCAACACCACAUGAGCAAAUGGUACAGAGACAACAAAAUUAUCAGACUUCCAACCAAAAAAUAGAGGAACAAUGCAAAAUUGAGGAGCAACAAGGAAUAAUAAAUCACAAAGUAAUUGCGCAACAAACAAAAAAGGAUAACCAUUCCAACAAUCAAUGGCAAUUUCAAAAAAAGAAGAAUUUCAAGGGAAUCAACCAGAAAAACAAGCAACACAAACAGAAACAUCCACAACAACAAGCUCUUGAGACACAGUUAUCCAGACCCUCCCAGCCCUCAGGUGUAAUGAACAAGUCACAAUGUGCUCCACCAAAGCCACUCGAGAUACCAGAGGCCAUUCAUAAUACUGCUUAUAGUGCCGAUGCUUGUAAUGGAGGACAGAUUUGUGCACAUGAACCACCUAAUGAGAUAUGGCACUUUACUGGAAUAAAAACUCCUCAGAUAAUUCAUGAGUCUACUUAGGUAGGUGGUAGCACUAGCAUAGUAAACCUACCAUCCACUACUGCAAAUCAUGCUAGCACACAAAAAAAUGGGGAUGCUGGAAUUGUCAAUAAUGUGACUUCUGAAUCUAAUAGUGAGGGCAGGGACAAGCUCAGAGAACAACAUCAGAAGCAUCAAAGUUUGGAAUAUCCAGAUAACCAACAUCUAAGAACUGCUGAAAAAUCAAAUUCCAAUCCUAAAGCUGCAGAGCUUACCAGAAACUCUAUCUCUACUAAUACUGGGCAGAAUGCUUUAGGGACAAAUUAAAAUACUAUUGACUUUGUUCAAAGGAGCUUUGGAAUGCAUAAGGAAACACUUAAUUUCACUCUCAACCACUCAUGUCAAGAAAUACCAUCUCAGAAUUUGUGGACUCACCUAAUUCAAAUGGAAAAACUACAUGCUCUAUACAACUGGGGAGAGGUGAAGUAAGUUCAAAGGAACAUACAAGACUAAGAUUAGAUGAUCAAAGAGUUAAUUCAAUGCCAGCACAAGUUAAUAUAGAAGUAUCCAGGAAGUCUUUGGACAACAACAAAAUUGAGGAACUAGUAGCCAACGUUGAAGGUGCAAUGGUAAUAUUACCAGACAGGGAACAAGUAAGUAAUGCUGAUGCAGAGACAGAUCACCAGAUACUUAGGUCAUCCUCUCAAAAUGUAGAUGGGAAAGAUCCAACAAUUGUGUAUGAUCAGGUAGGGUCAGCCAUAAUUCCUAGGGAGUCAACAACAAUUGAUACACUGCUUAUGGCAAUUGCAUCAGCCACUGGAUCUCCAGUGCAUAUUCAAAUCAAUAUACCACUGCAAUCUCCUGCUUAGUUUAUGCAUGACAUUAUUGCACACAAGGAACUGCCUUUGGAAAUUCAUGAAGCCUUGGGCACAAAUGAACAACUAGAAGAUGAAGGUGCUGAUGAAUCUACAAUUGUGAAUUUCAAGUCUGUGGCAAGAGAAGGAGAUUUGUCACCUAGGACUGUAGGUAAACAUGGUAAGAAAGGAAAAAAGAAAACCCAUCACAAGGAACAACAACCUCCUACAAUAAUAUGGAACAUAAGGUCUGUUAAAACUCACCAAACCUUUCAGAGAGUUAUCAACAUGCAAAGGGAACAUGUUUCUUUUAUUAUAGCACUCAUGGAGCCUUUCCAAAAGCAGAGGCUUAUUAAGAACUAUAGGAUGAUACUAGGCAUGGAACCAGCAAUAUCUAAUAUCAAUGGAAAGAUAUGGAUAUUUCUUGAUGUUGUGGUCCAAUGGGAUAUGGUGAUUAACACGGACCAGCAACUUACUAUUAUGGUUUAUCAUCAAGAUAUUGAGAAGCACAUCAUGAUGACCAUUGUAUAUGCAAAGUGUUCAUCCCUAGAAAGAUUAGAAUUAUAGGAUAAUCUAUACUACCUUGCUAGAGACAUGGAAUUACCUUAGGUGGUUGGGGGCACUUCAAUGUGAUUCUUAAUGAAGAAGAGAAGAUUGGUGGACUUCCAGUUUACCCUCCAGAAUAUAAAAAUUUUGCCUUUUGUGUAAACUCUUGUGGACUAUUUGACAUGGGGUAUAAAGGAAGUCCAUUCACAUAGUGGAAUAGGAGACCAAACUCAGAAUGCAUAUUCAAAAGGUUUGAUAUAAUUUUUGUCAAUGUGCCAUUACAAACUUUAUUCCCUAGUACAGAAGUGGAGCACCACAUCAGAACAGGUUCUGACCAUACACCACUACUGUUGAGUAGUGGUAAGCAGACCACUCAAAUUGCCAAACUUUUCAAAUUUCGGAAUUUAUGGACAAAACAUGCCUCUUUUAUAGAGGUAGAUAGACAGAAUUGGCUGGCUGAUUUCACAGGUGACCCCUUCUUGAUGUUCAAACAGAAACUAAAAAGAGUUAAGAUUGCUCUUUCAAAAUGAAGCAAGCUCACUUAUGGGGAUAUCUUUAAACAAUUAGCUUUAAGAGAAGAUGUGGUCAGAGUAAAGAAAAUGCUAUUUGAAGAAGAACUAAUAGUAGAGAAUAGAAUUAUACUUCAGAAAGUACAAUCUGAGUUAAAGAGAUUUCUAAGCAUAGAGGAGCAAUAUUGGAAAUAAAAAGUUGGAAUGUCCUGGUUUGCAUAAGGAGACAGAAAUACUAGAUUUUUCCACAACUAUGUCAAUGGUAAAAGGCAAAAGCUCCAAUUGAAGAGAAUCCAGAAUCAUAAUAGUGCUUGGAUUGAGUCAACAGAUCAGCUAGCUGAUGCAACAAUAGAAUUUUACCAGAAGCAGUUUACACAAGAAGAUGGCCCUACAUGCUCUGAGCUCCUAAACAAUGUACUUCCAAUGGUGUCUAGUUAUCAGAACUUAGAGCUUUGUAGAAUUCCUACAAUUGAGGAGGUAAAGGCAGCAGUAUUUGCAUUGAGUGGGAGAAUACAGGUAGUCCAGAUAGUUUCACAGGUAUUUUCUUUCAAGAAUGUUGGGAUGUAAUAGGGGAAGAUAUACAUGAGAUGCUGAAACUGUUUUAUGGAGGAAGUCUUUUGCCUAAGUCUAUAACGCACACAAACCUUGUCUUGCUGCCAAAAAAACACAGGUUCAAACAUUCACGGAUCUCAGACUUAUAAGCUUAAGCAAUUUUAUCAAUAAAGUGAUAUCUAGAGUUGUUCAUGAUAGGCUGGAAAAGAUGCUGCCUUCUUUGAUCUCUUUCAUCCAAUCAGGAUUUAUCAAGGGAAGAAGUAUAUUUGAAAACAUCUUAUUAACUCAGGAGAUUGUUACUGACAUAAGGUUAAGGGGAAAACCUGCCAAUGUAGUUAUCAAACUUGACAUGGCAAAGGCAUAAGAUAGGGUCUCUUGGAAGUAUUUAAUGCAUGUUUUGAGAAAAAUGGGAUUUGCAUAAUGCUUCAUCAACAUGGUGUGGAAUCUACUAUCCAAUAACUGGUAUUCUGUGCUGAUUAAUGGUCAAGCUUCAGGUUUCUUUCACUCAGCAAGAGGUGUCAAGCAAGGGGAUCCUCUCUCCCCAGCCCUAUUCAUACUCUUUGCAGAGGUACUAUCUAGGUAUUUAAAUAAGCUAUUUGAAGACAAGAUAUUCAAGGCUUUGGCAUGCCCAAGUGGACUAAUCCAUUGAAUCAUUUAGCCUACGCAGAUGACACUAAAAUCUUUGCUUCGGCUGAUCUAUACUCUUUAGAGAAGAUUAUAGAUGUCUUAUACAAGUACGAGCACACUUCUGGCCAAAUGAUCGACAAGACAAAGAGUUCCUUUUAUAUGUACUCUAUUGUGUCUACAAGAUUGUUCAACUCUGUAGGUGUUAUUAUUGGAUUCUCAAGGGGUGAGUUUCCAUUCACUUAUCUUGACAGUCUAAUAUUCUACAAAAGAAGAAGGAAAGAUUAUUACAAUGGCUUGAUUAAAAAUGUGAAGGCAAAACUGCACACUUGGAAAGGGAAGCUAGUGUCCUUUGGGGGAAAAGCUACAUUAAUCACUAGUGUACUACAAAGCAUGCCUACACACAUCCUUUCUGUCCUUGAUCCACCUAAAAAUGUACUUGAACACCUUCAUAAAACCUUUGCUUGGUUCUUCUGGAGUAACAAGGAUGAGGUAGAAGUAGACAUAGGGCAAAAUGGCAAAAUAUUUGCCUACCAAAGAAAGAAGGGGGAGUAGGUUUUAGAUCUCUGCAUGAUGUCUCUAGAGCUUUAUUUGCCAAAUUGUGGUGGAAGUUUAGGACAUUGAAGUCCUUAUGGUCUAAUUUCAUGUGGAACAAAUACUGUAAAAAAGAGCUUCCAAUAGUGGUCAAAUUUAGAGGGGGAUCUCAUGUAUGGAGGAAAAUGUUAAAGGCCAGGGAAGAGGUGGAGCAUUAAAUAUUAUGGGAAAUGAAAUGGGGAUCAACUAACGUUUGGCAUGAGAAUUGGACCGGACUAGGAGCUUUGUACCAUGUUGUUACAAGAGACUACCCAAUCAAUGAAGAUAUACAGGAAGUAGAUGACUUGAGAGUGGAUGAUGCCUGGGAUGAGAAACUCCUGGAUCAGUCUUUUCCUAUAGAUAUUGCUCAACAUAUCAGACAGGAAGUUCUAUUUGACAUUAGUGACGAUGGCUGGGAUUUUUCUAGAUGGAUGCCUACACUUUCAGGAAAUUUUUCUGUUAGUAGUGCUUGGAAAUUUCUAAGGCAUAGAGCACCUAUUAAUCCUGAUUACAGUAAGAUGUGGACUCAAUGUUUACCAUUUAAUAUCUCCUUAUUUCUCCUUAUUUCUAUGGAGAUUGUAGAAAGGGAAGAUUCCCACAGAUGACUUGUGGAGGAGAGGUGAGUAUAUGAUAGUGUCCAAGUGUUGGUGCUGCGCACAACCACAAGAAGACUCAUUCCAACAUUUAUUCUUAAAGAGUGAAACUGAGGUAUGGAAAAUUUUCCUUCAGGCAGCAGGGUUGGUAGUAAAUCUGAUACAGGUUCAUCAAGUAAUAAGAGCAUGGUGGAAUACACAAUGUUGUCCUAAACUAAAGCUAUUAUUUCAAGCAGUUUCAGCAGUGAUCACAUGGGAACUUUGGAAGAAUAGAUAUACAAUGAAAUAUGAAGGUGCAAUAUCCUGUAAUAGGGUACUUCAUGAGGUGAACAAAACACUAUAUUACCUAGCAAGAGUGAGGUAUCCAUGACUAUCAAGCAUCCCCCUUUUAUGGCUAUAACUGAUCAUAUUCUUGGAUGGUUAAAAGCCAUAUGUUGUAACCAAGAAAGUGACAUGGUAGCUUCUUUAUGAAAGGUGGUUCAAGUGCAAUACAGAUGGUGCAUCAAGAGAUAAGGACCAAGCUCAUAUGGCUUUUGUGUGCGAGAUCAUGUGGGUGAUUUGGGUUUUGCUAAAGCAAGUGAAAUAGGAGAGGUAAACAAUAUAGUGGCAGAGGCAAAGGCUCUUUGUGAGGGGUUAGAAUACUGUGUUAAAAGCCAAUUACAUCCACUGAUUAUAGAGACUAAUUCCUUAGUGAUGAUGAAGAUUAUUGAUGGGGAAUGGGCAACUCCAUGAUAUAUAAGUGCUUAAGUGAGGAAGCUCAAGAAGAUAAAGAACAACUACAAUGUUCUCUUUCAGUAUUUACUAAGGGAAGGGAACAAUGUUGUAGAUUUUCUUGCUAACCUAGCUUUCUCUUUUACAGGUACACUCACAUUCCAAUCGUUUUAUGAAUUGCUAAUUGAGGCAAAAAACUGAUCAACAUGGACACAUCACAAAUUCCUAACCUUCAGAUUAGGAUUGCAAAGAGAAGAGAACUUGAUUGAUGAUCAAAACAUAAAAUGCUUUGCCUCUCGUUGACUCAUAUUUUUGCAUUCCUAAUAGGCAAGACACGUAUUUUAAGCCAAGUAGGCAAGACAACCACAACUCUCUUCACUUCAACACCACCAAAUGCAAUAUGCAAUCGACAUUCCUAAAACAGUCACCCACCAGUUUCUUACAACUCUAGAUUCUUCAACAGCAUCUCAUCAUAAGCAUACAGCUGCUGCAACCAAUGACCAACAACUUGCUCUUACACUCUUAAUUUACUCACAUUGUUAUUAGCAUUGUUAGCUACCUUUGCAUGUGAAAUACCACAUGUACUUCUUUGUAGGGUGUAGUUGAUUGGUUAGUUAUAGAUUCCCUUCCCAAACCCCUAACGAUGUAUUUCAGCUAAUGCUUCUUCAUUGCUACUAGGCUUACAUACCCUAGGCACUUCUUUGUAGGGUGUAGCAGAUUGGUUGGAUAUAGAUUCCUUUGAGCAAACCAAUAACUAUGUAUUGGAGCUACUGCUUCUUCAUUGCUAUAGGGCUUACAUCUACCUCAUGACCUUCAAUAUAACAAGAAGCCUACACUCACACAGAUUUGCUUUUGCUGCUAUGCUUAGGGUGGUAUUGCAUAGUUGUGUGCUAUCUCAUUACUUCCCAGUGGUAUUAGCAUGGCUUCAUUCUCAUUCUGGGGGGUAGUUUGAGGACAUACAAAAACAAUAUACAAACCUAGCAACAACCAAAGCUCUCUUACCUCACUUACAGACCAAUCUUCUUCAAUGCUCCCACCACAAACACCUUUCCUAACUUGUUUGCUAUAUUUUGCAGGUUCCUAAGACAGGUUCAGCAAACUGAGGCAAUGGCAUGGACUGAUCUUAUACAAAUAUAUUCUACAGCUCCAAUCCAACAUGCCAAAUAUGAAGACAUCCAAUUUGUUACUGUUUACUGUUUGCUUGUUCAUAUAUCAAUUUCCAGUGGAAUUAAUUCCACAGAUACACUCACAUUAAUGAGGUAUGGUUUAUCAACACAUUGGAAGCAACUAUUGUACUUAUUCAGGCAAUUGGAGAUUGGAUCGAAAUUAGUUAUUUGGUCAAUUUUUACAACUACAUGCAGAAUUCGUGCACAGAAAUAUCAUAUAUCAGUGUUCCAUUCCAACAAAUAUUCUACAGUUUAACUUCUUCCACCAUGCACUGAACAUAUCCAAACUGUUCUGAUGUCCCUGCUAUGGAUUUACACAGACCUAUUCAUUCAGAUUGCAAGACAUGGCGCCUGCUUCUACUCUUAUUCAAAUUCGUCAAAACAAUGGACUUUUCAAAGAUGGAAGAUUCUGUUCAGUUGAUCCAGUAUCAAUCCACAUGUAAUUGAUUGGUAGGAGUUGGGAAUUACAGCACUGGCAACCCCCAGUACUUGUUGGUUUCUGCAGCACCAAAAUUUGAACAACUGAACUAUUUUGUGCAUAUCAAUUAAUGUUGGUGCGAGUUUGGUCCUUACAGUUUCUGGGAUUGCUUGCGUUGUCAUUUCACAUAUUGAGCAGAUGCUAUUCGUUUCACCUGCUCCAGUGCUACAGUGUGGCUACCACGACGUCAAACUCACCUAUGAUCUACUAAAGAUUGUUGCGCAGGACUUGGUCCAGUAGAACAACUGUCUGGAGUUGUGUCAUUUUCAUGUCGUAGUUUCAAUCAAUACUACUCAUUCUGGCAAGGAAGUAUCAAAUGCUUUUGUUCAGUAUCAACACUACUGCUGAAAUUCUACAGCCCCAAAGUGAAGAUGUCUGAACUGCUUUGCUGUACAUCUUGUGGAUUUAUACAUACCUACUCCUUCGGAUUGCAACAAAUGGCGCCUGGUGAGAGCUUUAUAGGUGCUACAACGAAUUGUUUGCAACUGGUGUGUGAAUUUCAUUGUUGUCGGCAACAACAGGAUGUUUCAAAUUUGUAGCUUAAUAACUUUCAUCUAUCUUUAUGUUGCUGCUACAUUGUAUUUGGUAGCAAUAGCCAUUGGCUUUCUUUGUUUCA